UCCGCGAGUAAAAUGCUUUGUAUUAAUUUCGGCUUCUCGAUUUCUAAAAUGGACAACAAAAUAUAAUCGAGAUAGCCAGUAUAUAAUGAUAAUAGCUUAAAGUGAUUUGCUAUUUUAGUGUAGAGUCUGUUAUAAAAUCAACAUUAUUUUUAUUUAUCUCGUGGCGAGAUAAUUUUAUAGUGGACAACAGUACGUCUGUUUGUCAGUCACCUGAUCGUACGCGUACUUACAGUGAUUCCAUAUGCACGAGUGUUGCUGCGUGGCAACUCGGCGCUCCAUAUUCAGUAUACAGCCAUUAAGAAGAGAGAAAAAAACAUGUUGAAAGUACAGUACGAUACACAUAAACCAGAUAAAAAAUUAAACAACAGACUAAAUAUUUUAGCAUCACAUUUUCGAUCAAAUUUCCGUCAAACUCCUUCAUUUUUUGUUCGAGUACCUGGGCGAGUUAAUUUAAUUGGUGAGCAUAUAGAUUAUUGUGGAUAUUCAGUAUGUCCUAUGGCUAUCGAACACGAUAUUUUGGUAGCAAUAUCUAAAUCGGAUGAAGAUGAAUUGCAACUGAUCAAUAUAGACGAUAAAUAUCCAAAUUAUGAACACAAAGGCUUACGAAAAAUAAAAAAUUUACGAUUAGAUGAGAAUCAUACUGGUCCAAGUUGGCACAAGUAUUUUCUUUGUGGUGUCAAAGGCGCCUUAGAAGUUAUCCCCGAAGAACAUAUCCCUAAAGGUUUACUCACUGUAGUUUGGGGAAACAUACCUCCAAAUGCAGGACUUUCAAGCUCUAGUGCGUUAGUUUCUGCUGCAUUACUCGCAACAGUUCAUAUCUGUCAGUAUAAAAUGUCAAAAGAAGAUAUGGCAACAGUGAGUGCCAAAGCCGAAACAUACAUUGGUACUCAAGGAGGUGGAAUGGACCAGGCAAUUGCCUUUCUCGGAAAAGCCGGUUCGGCGAAACUAAUCAAAUUUAAUCCAUUAUGUGCUUUUGAUGUUGCACUACCGAAGAAUGCUGUGUUUGUAAUUGCACAUAGUCUAGUAGAUCACAAUAAAGCUUCUAAUUCUUACUUCAAUACGAGGGUCUUAGAAUGUCGUUUUGCAGCUCAGAUUAUAGCCAAAAAAAAUAAUAUAGAUUGGUGUAAUGUUCCGAAAUUAAUCGAUGUGCAAAAAUGUCUUAAUAAAACACUCGAAGAAAUGACAGCGAUUGUUAUGGCCAAUUUGAAAGAAGAGCAUUAUACCCUCGAAGAGAUAUGUCAAAUACUUGAAACAUCUCUGGAUGAAUUGAAAGUAAUAUCCAAUGUACUCCAUUAUAGAACGCAAAAAUUCAAAUUAAAACAACGAGCACUCCACGUUUUUCAAGAAGCUGCAAGAGUUGCAAUGUUCCAAGAAAUUUGCGAACUUGAAGACAUGGAUGAAUCGACACAACUGUGUCAACUUGGCAAUCUUAUGACAAAAAGUCAUCAAAGUUUAAAGAAUUUGUAUGAGUGUAGUCAUCCUAGGAUUGAUACACUUGUUACUAAAGCUAUCGAGAGUGGAGCUUUUGGAGCAAGAUUAACAGGUGCAGGCUGGGGUGGUUUCGUCAUUGCAAUAACAACUGCUGAAAAAGUUAAUGAUUUCAUGGAGAGUUUAAAAAGUGCAUUUUAUUAUAACAAUGAAGAGUUGAGGAAUACUGAUUUUUCAAAUACUAUUUUCAAAACAGAACCUAAAGAAGGAGCAGGUAUUAUUAUGUCAUCGAAUAACUCUUGCGAUAAAUUAAAAUUUGUAUAUAUUUAAUGGAAUAAGUCUUAAUAUAUCUAAAAUAU